CCGAGGGGUGGACGCCUGGUUUCUCUCAAACACCGUUGAGCCCCCUCUGUGCGUGCCUACCUGACGUCCGAUCUAGCGCGUGCGGCCCAGAUCGUUGCAUCGCAGGAGAGAGCUCUCGGGACCUCCGCUCCGCCGCCAGCCCGUUGCCCGGCUCGUUUCUCUGGGUUUCCUCUCUGGCUGGCUCCUGCAGCACGCGCCAUGUCCACAACUCACGCGCGCUACACCUAUCUACGCUCUCUCGAGAGGCGGAACAGACGACCCCACGACUGCGAGCCUGCAAGGUACAUAACACAUCGCUGGAAGGGGAGAGCGCGAACAGUGGUCACGGAGACGCCGUGAUUUUCCUAGGGUGCUUUGGCCGUGCCUGUCAGAGCCACGUAGCAGGUGCCGGUGUGCCGUGUAACUGGCGUGUACUGGGCAGCGAGCCCAAGGUGUUUGCGGAAAUGCCGCGGCCAGUGAGAUCCUUCCUCUGCGCUACCUGCGCCUCUCAGCUUGCAGUCCUGUACGUACCUUCUUUCACAUUUGCAAAAAGAAAAAAAGUUAUAUAAGCACCUAUUGAAGAUGUUUAUUGCUUGCGUCCAAACUCAGCUCCUUUACUGUUUUGCUGAUCACUAUUACUACUUCACAUAUAUUUGCCUGUAAAGCUUUAUUUAAAUAUGCUUCGCGUUGUACAACAGCAUAUUCUUGCUCUUGUUUAGCUUCGCGUUGCACAAUGGUAUCUUCUUGCUUUGUUAUUUUCAAUAGGUAAAGUAAAACAAAUGCUAGAUUUUGGAACCAUUAGCCAAGCAACAUUGGAAAAAUCGCUAGCCAUCAUCUCCGCUAUCCAUGCAGCAUUGGAACUGUUGGAACCAUUGACCAAAUUAGAAGUCCUCUCUUCAUCUUGGCUACUGAACCACUGACUGCACUACAUUUGAUCACCAUGGCCACCACACCUGAGGAAUUCUUCAGCAAGGGUCUCAUGGAGCAGUCACCACCAUCCCCACCUGUCUUCCCUGACCUUCUCGAGAAGCCCAAUGACAGCAGCGAGGGCCAGCACCAUGUCCCUAAUGAGAUGAUGCUCUCUUACGUCUCACACGUGCUCAUGGAGGACAAUGAUUUUGAUGAUAAGUUCAGUGAUCACCCUGCGCUACUCCAGGUGCAGCAGCCCUUUGCUCAGAUUCUCUCUUCCCCUUCCUCUGGCACUGACACUGGCAACAGGGAGGGGUGCAACGAGUUCUUGCAUGAAGUCAAUGUUGAUAAAAGCAUGCUCAGUUCGGCUUUAUCCAAGGGCACAGAUGCUGCGGGGACAUUCUUGAAAGGCAUGGAAGAGGCCAACGUGCUCCUGCCCAAAGACAACAACUUCAGAAGGGAUGAGCUGGUGAAUCAGACGGUCAGGGAAAACAGCAGUCACAGCGGCGUCAAGAAGAGACAUAGCAGGGAUGAUCAUCUACAAAUGGAGAUAAGAACCAGAAAAGCUGCUAUGACGGUGAUCGAGGAGCCACAGGAGAACUUGGCCAAUGAGACGCUUGAUGAAAUGAUGCUGCUUGGCUAUAAGGAAUGCAUCAGGGACAUGGACAAGCUCCGUGUCACCACAGACAAUAAUAAAGUUGUAAAGCAAAACAGGAAUAGCAAGGAGACGAGGGACAACAAUGUGGUGGACAUACGCAGGUUGAUGAUCUCUUGUGCGCAGGAGGUGUCAGUGAACAAUCACUCGAGGGCACGGGAGCUGCUGAAGCAGAUCAUUCAGCACGCAUCAGAGACGGGGGAUGCCACACAACGGUUGGCCCAAUGUUUCACCAAGGGACUGGAGGCACGGCUCGUGGGCACGGGCAGUCUGCUUUGGGAGUUGCUAAUGGCAGAGCGACCUUCUGUCGUGGAGUUCACCAAGGCCUCCAACCUUUACUUUGAAGCCUGCUGCUUCAACAAGGUGGCACUUUCUUUCUCCGAGAUGACUAUCAUGCAGGCCAUGGUGGGUAAGAAUAAGCUACACAUCGUUGAUUAUGGUAUGCAGUUCGGAUACCAAUGGGUAAGCUUGUUCCGCUCGUUGGCGAGUAGAGAAGGUGCCCUGCCAGAGGUGAAGAUCACAGCCAUAGGUCUCCCCAAGCCUAAGUCCUACCCAACUGAGAACAUUGAGGAAAUACGGUGCCGACUCGGCAGAUCUGCCCAUGAGUUUGGUCUGCCCUUGUUCAAGUUCCACGCUAUCAAGACAAACUGGGAGGACGCUUGCAUCGAGGACCUGAACCUAGAAGCCGAUGAAGUGCUUGUCGUGAAUGAUCUCUUUAGUUUCAGCACCUUGAUGGACGAGGGCAUAUCCUUUGAUGACCUAAGCCCCAGGGAUAUAGUCCUUUGUAACAUCAGCAAGAUGAGACCACAUGUUUUCAUCCAGAGCGUGUACAAUUGUUCGUAUGGUUCAUCCUUCCUGUCACGUUUUCGAGAGAUGUUGUUCUAUUACAUGGCGCUGUUUGACAUAUUCGAUGCAACAAUCCCAAGGGAGAGUAAAUCUCGAAUGGUGCUGGAGCAGGUCGUGCUUGGACGUUCUGCGCUGAAUGCCCUCAGCUGCGAAGGCGUGGACCUGGUGGAACGCCCUGAGAGGUACAGACAAUGGCACACGAGAAACCAACGGGCUGGCCUGAGGCAGCUCUCACUGAAGAUGAGCACUGUAGAGCUAGUGAGAGAUAUGGUCAAGAAGCAUCACCACAAGGACUUCCUGAUCUCCCAGGAUGGGCAAUGGCUUCUGCAAGGAUGGAGGGGGCGUGUCCACUUUGCCCACUCGACAUGGGUUGCAGCGGAUGCGUCUUCUAGAGGUUUAGGUUCUUCCAAUGCUGAAUGAUAUAACAUGGUCUUCAGAAACUUCAUGUGAUUGAGAUUUUUUCUCACUCAGGCUACGGCCACUGGCAUUUAUGGUUGUAUGUUGUUGUAGCUUGUAUUUUUUCUGUUGUGGACUUACAAUACUCAAGUGCAAAUAUACUUUUGUCUUGAGUACCAUUAAUUCCACAACUGAUGAAAAUAAAUCUGUGCCGUGAGUUCUUGUAAAACUGCUUGUCAAUCUGUGCAGUGAGUUCAUCUGUUCCUGAAUCUUGGUCUGUUUCACGUACAUGCUUCUUUUUCCUUUCAUAGAUGUAAAAAUAAAGAAAUUUACAGUAGCUAUAAAAAAAUGUUUACUGGUGGCCUUCAAACUCAGUCUCUUUAGUUCUCUCUUUUGCUUAUCAUUACUUUACUUUAGCAUGUAAAGAGCUUUUUUAAAUAUAUUUUAUAUCCAACAUAUAUUUCUUGAUUUGUUAUUUCAAUAACUAUGUAAAGGAUAAUGAGGUUUACUUCAAUGAUCUUCUUUCAAAAUAUUAUUUUUGAUGUGUUCUAUGCAGUGGCUAGCUGCUUUUGAAACCAUUAUUAUAAUAUACUAGCGUAACUGUGUAAUCUCUCUCUUGUAAUGGGUCUUGGCCCAGUUACCCAGCCCUAUUAAUAUACUCCCAACCCUAAUUAGGGUUUCGGUCUAUCUAACAUGGUAUCAAGCUAAGUUUCUCCUCCUCUUCUCCCUACAGCCGCCACCCCUCUCUUCCCCAUCUCCGGCUGCCACCUAGCCCCCUCCCCCCCACCGACCGGGGUCGGUCGCUCUGUGAUGUAUUUUGUUUUGCACCAAUUCAUGCCCAUCUUUAUGUACAACAUGUUUACUGCUUGGGUUAACUACUACUUUACGUUAAUUAGCCUGCAGUGAAAGCUUAUUUAGAUAUGCUCUGCAUCACACAACUUCUACGUUCUUGCUUUUGGCAUUUUCAGUAGCAUUGAGAAUAUCAGGAGACAUGGUCUCCAUCGAACUAGCAGCAUUGGGGUUACAGCCCAGCCAUCGUCUUUUGCUGUCCUGAUGCACUACCAUUCAUGAGCAUGGCCACCACACCGGAGGAAUUCUUCAUCAAGGAUCUCAUGGAGCAGCCACCAUUGUCCCCACCUGUCUUCCUUGACCUCCCCCACAAGCCCAAUGCCAGCAAUGAGGACCGGCAUCAUGUCCCUAACAAUGACAUGACGCUCCCUUACAUCUCACGCAUGCUCAUGGAGGACGAUGACGAUGAGCUUGGUGAUCACCCUGCGCUACUCCAGGUACAUAUGAGCUGCUGGAUCAAACCGAGGAAAGCAACAUUAUUAAUAGCAGGGUCAACAGAGCUGUGAUGAUGACGACCAAUGAGCUAGAGGACAGAUGUGCCAACGAGAUGGUCGACAAAAUGAUACUUCAUGCCUACGAGACAUGCAUCGGGGGCAUGGAGCGUGUCACCAUCGAUGUGGAGAAGAGAAACAGGAAGCGGAAAGCGGCGGCGGCGGCGAGGGGCGGUGUGGUCGACAUACGUAGGGUGUUGACCUCCUGUGCGCAGGCUCUUGCAGCGGAUGACCACGCGACAGCGCGUGAGCUACUGAAGCGGAUCAAGCAACACGCUUCAGCGACAGGGGACACCACCCAACGACUAGCUCAUUGUUUCGCCAAGGGGCUAGAGGCACGGAUACUGGGCACAGGUGGCCGGAUCUGGCCGUUGCUUGUGUUGGAGUACCCCUCCGGUGUGGAGCUCCUCAAGGCCUACAGCCUCUACUCUGAAGCUUGCUGCUUCAUCACCGUGACGUUCAUUUUCUCAGCAAUGAUCAUCAUGCAGGCCAUGGCAGGCAAGAGCAGGUUGCACAUCGUGGAUUACGGCACGCGGUUUGGGUUCCAAUGGGCUGGCUUGCUCCGCCUGCUGGCGAGUAAAGAAGGCGACCUGCCGGAGGUGGAGAUCACUGCCAUAGCCCGCCCCACGCCCAUUUGCUACCCAGGCGAGCAGAUUGAGAAAGUAGGGUCCCGGCUCAUGCAAUGUGCCCAUGAGCUUGGCUUGCCUUCAUUCAAGUUCCACGCAGUGACCAAAAACUGGGAGGAUGCUACUUGUACCAUGGAGGAUCACUUGCACAGAGACGCCGACGAGGUGCUUGUCGUGAUUGACCUCUUCAGUUUCAGCAUCUUGAUGGAGGAGAGCAUGUUCUUCGACGCUCCAAGCCCUAGGGACACUGUCCUCUGCAACAUCAGGAAGAUGAGGCCAGACGUGUUCAUCCAGAGCGUUGUGAACCGGUCUUAUGGUUCCUCCUUCCUGUCACGGUUUCGGGAGAUACUCUUCUACUGCACGGCUAUGUUCGACAUGUUGGACGCAACCUUGCCGAGGGAGAGCGAAUCUCGACUGGUGUUCGAGAAACUCGUUCUGGGAUGCUACGCGUUCAAUGGCAUCUCCUGUGAGGGCAGCGACCUCGUGCUGCGCCCUGAGAAGUAUAGACAGUGGCAGGCAAGAAACGAGCGAGCAGGCCUACGGCAGCUGCCGCUGAAACCAAGCAUUGUGAAGGUUGUGAAAGACGAGGUCAUGAAGCAUUACCACAAAGAUUUCUUGGUUUGCCAGGAUGGCCAAUGGCUUCUGCAAGGAUGGAUGGGGCGGGUCCUCACUGCCCACACGACAUGGGUUGCGAACGGAGACGCCUCUUCUGGAUGAAGCCGAAGCUCUCUAUUUAGACCAAAGACCCCCCUCCCUCCCCCUUUGAAGAUAUGUUUACUGGAAGCAAAAUAAGUCCCACAUAUGUUUGCUGGAUAUGAGCUUACAAGAAAGUUUUGCUACCAUAUCAAGGAAAGAGACACUGUAAGCAAAGAUGAAGCGAAAGAAGAGAUUUUUCUUCCUUCUGCUAAUGAAAUGAUACAUAGCUCUCCUGCGUGUUCGAGAAAAAAAAAAUUGAACUAUCUAGUCUCCACAUCAUCUACAUUUUGGGCGGCUGACAACUGAAGCAUCAAUCAUUCUGUCACCUUCAUUCAUCACCCAGUUUCGAUUCGGAGCCGAGGAGGUUCCAUUUCCGCGGAGAAACGGUGCACUAUUAUGACAUCAGUAGAAGAUGUUGUUAUGUUUCGAAAACAAGACCAUUUCUUGCGAGCCCUAAACUCAAAUCAAUGUGGAAUUGUGGAUACUGUAUCUGGGCACUCCCUGUGUGGACAGCAUGCUGUUGCCACAGUUGACGUCUUUGUAAGUUGUAACCGUGAGUUAUCUCAAGCGACCGGCUGGUGUUUUUGGUCA